GGAAGUGUCUCGAGGAGUGGUCACAUCCAGCAGGCCCCCGGGUGCGGUCACGGAACCACCUGCUCAGAGCUCUGCUGGAACUCUGGGCAGAGCCCGGUCAGGCCUUGGUUCAAGAACACGACAACCCGCAGAUCACCUUUCUCCUGCUCAGACUGUGGCCGCAACUUCAGCUACCCCUCCCUCCUGGCCACCCACAGGCGGGUCCACUCCGGGGAGCGGCCCUUCCCCUGUGACCAGUCGGCCCGUUUCUCCCAGCGCGAGGACCUGCUCCAGCAUCAGCUCAUCCACACAGGGGAAAAGCCCUACUCCUGCCCUGAUUGUGGGCGACGUUUCCGCCAGAGGGGUUCCCUGGCCAUCCACAGACGGGCUCACACCGGGGAGAAGCCCUACCCAUGCCCAAACUGCGAAAGUCGCUUCACUUACCCCUACCUGCUAGCCAUCCACCAGCGCACACACACAGGCGAGAAGCCCUACAGCUGUCCGAGCUGCAGCCUCCGUUUCGCCUACAGCUCCCUGCUGGCCAUCCACAGGCGCACCCACACAGGCGAGAAGCCCUACCCCUGUCCAGACUGUGGCCGCCGGUUCCCCUACUCCUCUCUCCUCCUCAGUCACCAGCGCAUUCACUCGGACAACCGGCCCUUCCCCUGUCCACAGUGUGGGAAGGGCUUUAAGCGCAAGUAUGCCUUGGAAGCCCACCAGUGGAUCCAUCGCUCUGGCAAGAGGCCGAGGUGGCAGCGGCCUGCAGUAGGGCUCUCGGAGCCAGUGCUUGUUUUGGGAGGCCAGGAUCCCCCAGUUCAUUUCCGGUGCUUUCCAGAUAUAUUUCAAGAAUGUGGGUGAUGGAGCUCGCCAGAGAUGACCUGUUUUCUUUGGAAGGGAAAAGGCAAAGUUGAUGUAUUUGGGGGAUAAGGAAUGGAUGGAAAGGAAGUAAGCACUUAAGGCAAACAAAGCUCUGAGUUAAGGGAGCACAGAGCUGGUCCUUCGGGAGGAGGGGGGAAUCUGAAAGGUCACCUGAAGGCUGAACCCAUUUUCUGAGGCUCUCGCUCCCCCUUCCAAGUCCCACUUGGAGUUUCUUCGCAGGAAAUCAUUCACCUACCUGGCUUUUCUCCCUGGACUGUUCUCUCCCUCAGAGGAUCCUGCUUUCUGGUCUGUGUCUCUCCUGUUCCUCAGAGAUGGGGCCCCUCGGUGCAAGAACCCAUUCAAGGAGCCCAUAUACAUUCUGAGUAUCCCCUGGAACAGAAGGGACACCUUGGGCCUAUCCUCAGUAGGGGAAGCUCACCCAAGGAUUCUUCUAGCCAGGGUCGAUGAGACAUCUGGCAAGGAAACACAGCGUCAAGCCACUGUUGGCACUCUUGGUCUUAAAGUCCUGAAGGUGACCCCAGGGAGAACAACGGCUUCGGGCGGGGAACUGUCCUGCCCUUCGCGCACAUCGCACAGAGCGCACAGAAGUGUCAAGCUUAGCUUAAAGG